GUCCAUCCCAAAAUAAUGGCCCGAACCAAAAAUAGCCCAUGGAUGAUGAGCCACCAAAAAACAAAAGAAAUUUUAGGGCGAAUCAUUUCAGUCUCCCCAAUCGCCUCCAUCAAAUCCCACCCAUAUCUUUCAGUUUCCAUCGCCCGCUGUUUCGCCGCUCGCAAGCUUCAGAAAUCGUUCGUAGAAGUUUUUUGCCGGAGAUCAAACGUUGAACAGCGAAAACUGAAGACGAGAUCACAGAGAUUCAAGAAUUUCGAAGAGCAUCAUCAGAUUCAUCACCGAAGAAGAGCUCGAGUCCAAGCUAGGUUUCGAUCUCUUCACCAAAGGCAAAAGAACGCUUCGAUUGGCUGCUCACGCUCGCGUCGCAGGACACUCUUCUUAGGAUCUCGUGAGAUUAUUUGCCUUGAGCAUGAAUCAAAUCAUUGCAUAUUGAGAAUGAGCCGAUCACUAGCAACCUUUAAAAGGAAAAGAGAAGACUCAGGUUCUGCUCAGACACCUGAGGGUAAAAUAUUAAAUCUGAUAAAAGGUAAAGAAGAUAUGGGAAUCUGGAAAGGAGACUUGAAACGAGAAACAAAUCUCCCUGAUAAAGAGGUUGAUAAAGUGGUGAAGUUGCUCCUUGCCCAGAAACUGAUAAAAGAGGUGGUGAACAUCCAAAGCAAGGGGAGAAAGCUCUAUAUGGCAACAGAGUUCGAACCGUCAAAGGAUGUAACUGGUGGUGCAUGGUAUGUUGGGGGGAAUCUUGAUACAACUUUCAUUGGUGUUCUUAAAAAAGCAUGCGAAGGAAUCAUACGCAAGUUGAAAGUUGCGACACUAGAGGCAAUCACUGACUUCUUCAAGAAGAAUAGAAUCACCAAGGAUGAAUGCACGCCACAACAAAUUGCGCAGAUACUUAGGUCUAUGGUUUUGGAUAAUGAGAUUAUUGAGGUGAAGAGCACUGGAUUAGGAGAAUAUGCUUCUAUUCCGAUGGGAACAGUUUGUUAUAGGAGUGCAACUGGGCAAGGCCCAAAAACAGGGGCCAUGGCUUCAAUUCCAUGUGGGGUUUGUCCCAGGAUUACUCAGUGCUCACCUGAUGGCCUCAUCUCCCCGCAGACUUGUGUCUACUUCACGAAAUGGUUGGAUAUUGAAUUUUGAAUAGUUUUAAUUAAUUAACUUCCUAAUUCUUAAUACUACCAUCAGAAAUCAUACGAUCCUCGAGUAUCCGCUUCGGUGCAUGUUAUGACAGAAUUCACUGCAUUCCUUGUCAUGCUAUGGUACAAUCUCAAUCAUGGCUUGUAAUAAUAAUAAAUAAACUGAAAAUUCAAAAAGACUAACAAAACGAUCUACAGUCUUCAAAAGUUCAUAAAUUUAAACA